GACCCAUCGCGGCGGAGGGAUCCCGCCGCCUCCCGCAGCCUCCUCCCCCUUCUGCUUCUGCUUCCCCCCUUCCCUCUCCCCUGCGAGGGAAUAAUUUGACAGCGAUUUGCUGACACCGGGGGUUGGUUUGGUUUUUUUUACCCUUCUUUUUCUUUCCCUUCCCCGCACCGCGGACCCGCAAAGGCAGCGCGGCGGCGCGGGGAGGCCGCGCCGAGAUGGGAUUUUAUGACUCGCUGGAUCCUGAAUAGGACGAGGAGAUGUGUCUGAUAAGAUACAUCACUGGGAGACCACAGGAUGAAAACAGCAUGAGAUGUUAUGGCAAAGACAGCACAGCAAGCUCCAGGAGUCUCACAGAUCCUCAGAAAUCAGGUGCCGGGCACACUGAGCCCAUUGAUCUGUGUAGCAUCUGUGCUGUGGUCCAUUUAUUGAAGAUGUGAAGCAACGGCAAGUCUGAGAUUGGAAUUACUGAUAGACUGGAGAAAAUCUUAGUCCUUGUGAUGCACAUGGACAUGCUGGAUUAUAAGUAAUUCUAGCUUUUCCCCUCCCCUCCCUUCCUUUCACUCAGCUAUCUCAGGGUUCAUAGAGAUUUCAAUGGUUCGUGUGCCUGUAAGUUUGGAACAGAAGUGACCAAAAAUGGGGGACCAGCAAUUGUAUAAGACUAACCACACUGCCAACAGCAAUGAGAACUUGUACUACCAACAGCACCAAAUGAACUCGCUUCCGUCUCUAAAUCAUAGCUACGGGACCUCUGUUCUGGAUGCUCCCCAGGCAUCCCCUCUCUCCCCACAGUUUCCCCAAGAUUCAAGAGACAGUAUAGCUUUGCCUGUAGGUUCAAAAAGUCUUGGAUCAAUGGAUACAUCCAGACAAACUACUUGGACACAUUCUGGCUCAGGAAACCACGUCCCAGUGAGGAACAGUUUGAACAAUCCAAGCGCAAUGUGGAGCCCCCUCGGGCAGGGGGAUUCCCACGAUGGGUACCAAUAUUCCUACUCUCAAUCCAGUGAUAAUCGGUCGCAAAAAAUCACCAGUGGGGUCCUGCAUAAGCUGGACUCCUUCACACAAGUGUUUGCCAACCAAAACCUGAGGAUCCAGGUGAACAACAUGGCUCAGGUUUUGCACACCGAGGCUUCGAUGGUGGAGAGCUCUGGUGACAGCGCGCUCAGGCAGCUGCUGUCCCAGAAGCCAGCAGUUGAGCAACAGCCCGUAACGUCCAGUGUACAGCGAUACCAGCCGGUGCCGCAGCAAAGCCACCAGAGCUUUGCAAGCACGCAGCAGAAGCAGCAGAUGCAAGUCAUGCAGCACCAGCAGCUGUACUACGACUACCAGCAGCACUUAUCACAGAUGCAGAUGCACUCUGCGUUCCAGCCAGGGCAGGCGCACGUUCAGCAAAUGCAGCCCCAGCAGCUCUUGCCGCAGCAGAUGCAGCACUUGCAGCAGACUCAGUACUACGCUCAGCCACAGCAGGGACAUCCUCGGCUCUCCAUGCAGGAGAUCCAGCAGCAGCAGCAGCAGCCAGCUCGGCAGCAGCGGCACUGCCCGGUGCCGAUAGCUCAGUAUUACCAAACACAACCUGUCAUGCAGCAGUUACAGCAACAGCAGCAACAGAUGCAGUUGCCGCUUCCUCCGUAUCACAGGGAACCUGAUGCAAAGGCUAUGCAUGACUCGCAGCAGUACUCUCAGGAUCCCAGUCAUCCUGUGCAGCUUAUCCAGUUGGGAGCAGUGCCUCAGUAUUGCUACCAGGAUCCCCACGAACAGUACAGGCACUUGUACCCGCAGAGUCUGCUGCAGCAGCAGGACCAGCAGAAGCAAUACCCAGGUGAGAGCAGGGUGCCAGCUCUGAACUCCCAUCUCGGCCUCACUCCUCCAGAGAGCGCGGAGGAUGCCCCACGGCAGGAGAUGAACUCUGUAGGUAAUGCUGUCCCUCAUCGAACUCUUUUGCCACCCUCGGGGGUUCAUCUGAACAACAAAAGCUCUCAGCAAGACUCUCCUAGCGCCGCGUGGCCUCAGGUGCCGCUGUCAGACGGCAGGCUGCAGCCCCUGUCCCCAGAACAAAGUGGCCAGAACAGAGAAACACUUCCGGAGAGAGCUGAUGCGAAGAACAAACUAAUGUGUUCGAUAUGCUUGAAGGAGUUUAAGAGUUUGCCUGCUCUCAAUGGUCACAUGAGGUCCCACGGAGGAGUGAGAGCAUCUCCGAACUUCAAACAGGAUGAAGGAGAGACCCCACCACAGCAGCCGCUGCCUAAAGAGGUGGAUAGCCUCGCGCCCAUCGUCAUGCCAGUGUCUGUCCCUGUAAAGCUUCUGUCGCCCGAGCCCAGCACGCAGCCCUCUGCCAGCACUGCCACAGUCAGAGACAAGCCUGCCAACCCUGUGUCAGAUGACGAGAUGCCCGUGCUCGUGAAGAUGACUUACUCGCCACCGUGCAGUCCAAAAGUGGCCAACCCCUGCUCAUCCUCUGAAAUCAGCAAAAAACCUCAUCCAAGUGCUGUAAAAUUGGAAGAAAACUUCAAACCAUUGCAGGACAAGAAGAAGUAUCGGCACAGACCCGAACCUCUCUUCAUACCUCCUCCUUCCUGCAACUUCAGCAUGUCCCAUUCGGGUGCCACCCUGUACCAGAGUCAGCUUCGCUCUCCCCGUGUCCUCGGGGACCAUCUGCUGGACCGGACGCAUGAGCUGCCCCCCUACACUCCACCGCCGAUGCUCAGUCCGGUUCGGCAAGGGUCGGGUCUCUUCAGCAGUGUCAUCACGUCAUCUCACAGCACCUCGCAUGCUCAGCUGCCCCUUACGCCACUGACACCUACUCCACGGGUACUCCUGUGUCAGUCUAAUAGUAUUGAUGGAAGUGUCAUUCCUGUGACGCCUGGGCCUGGAGAACAGACUGUUGAACCACGGAUCAAUAUCGGGUCCAGAUUCCAGGCUGACAUUCCUGAGCUGCAGGACAGGUUGCUAAUGGAGAAGGAUGUGCACAAGGCUACUUUGGUUUGGAAACCAUGGCCAGAACUGGAGAACCAAGUCUUCCAACAAAGAGUGGAAGACCUUUUAAAUAUGAGCUGUUCCAGUGUGUUACCUGGUGGAGGAACUAACUCAGAAUACGCUUUGCACUCUCUCUUUGAAGCAAAAGGAGAUAUUAUGGUUACUCUUGAGAAGCUGCUGUUGAGGAAGCCAGUGAGAUUGAAGUGUCACCCUUUGGCAAAUUACCACUACGCUGGCUCUGACAAAUGGACCCAUCAAGAAAGGAGGCUGUUCAAAGAGGCACUGUCCACCUACAGCAAAGAUUUCAUAUUUGUACAGAAAAUGGUUAAGUCUAAGACGGUUGCACAGUGUGUGGAAUACUACUAUACCUGGAAGAAAAUCUUGCGUUUGGGACGGAAACACAGAACACGCUUAGAGAAAAGGAGAGAGGAGUGCCUGACGAGCGGAGAGGAAGAAGUGUUAGAGGAAGAUGAGGACAUCGAAGAAGACAGAAAGGAAGAAAGGGAGAUGCAGAAGUCUCCUGAUCCACCAGCUAUCCCUCUUGUUGGACCCAUAGAUCUGCCUGCCCUUCAGAGUCUUUCACUUUCUUCGUCCUCCUUCAUCUGUGAAAUGCCAAACUGUGGUGCUGUGUUCAGCUCCCGCCAGGCGCUGAACGGCCACGCUCGCAUUCACGGGGGUACGAACCAGGUGACAAAGCCACGGUGCACCAUUGCAGGCACGAAGCAGAAAUGCGGUACGCAGAGCGGGUACUGCUCCAUCAAGAGUUCACCUGCCCACAGCACGACAAGCGGGGAGACCGACCCAACGACGAUUUUUCCUUGCAAGGAGUGUGGCAAGGUGUUUUUCAAAAUCAAAAGCCGCAAUGCUCAUAUGAAGACUCACAGACAACAAGAAGAACAGCAGAGGCAGAAGGCUCAGAAAGCCGCUGUGGCCGCAGAAGCGGCAGCCGCUAUUGCGAGAACUACUGGGCCCGUUGGGCAUGGUUUGGUCCCUCUGGAUCACAUGAGUUUGGUGAAACAUGUUGGAAGUGUGGGUGACAUUGACGAUGAUGUUGUUCAGGAGCUGGGUGACGUCAUGGAAGAGAAUGAAGUCAUGGAUGCUGACCUUUUGUUGGAUGAUGAAGAUGCAGAUCUACUGCAGGAUGAGGCUGAGUUGUAAAUAAAGUUGUUUGAUAAAGACAGCUACUGAGCACACCCUGAAUGGAGCAAUCAGGAAACCUGGACUGCUCCUUUAUUCCCCACUGAUUGUAAACUACCUGUUGAAAAUGAUAAUCCUUCUAUCCAGGUCUAGAAAAGAAAAAAAAAAGAAAUCUGCUUCCCCCCCCCACCCCCCCUUUUUUUUUUUCUAUUAAUUUGUGUUUUGGAGGAAAAAUAAAUAAUUGGUACAAAUAUUCUUAUAAGGUGUUUUUAUCUGAGCUCAUUUUGCUGAUAACUUCCAAGGCCACUAAUUACAGAAGUUCAUGGUUCUGCUAUCACUUCCCUCCAGAUGGUCCCGGUAGGAUCGUUAGUCUUUAACUCCUUCCAAGUUUCAUUUUACCCCAAUUACAAGAAUGAUCUUCACACACUUCUGAUGGAGCAUUUCUUUUUUUUUUUGCCUAUGCUGGAUCACCUCCAGCAUCUUCUGGAGACUAAAUGUCAUCUCUGUUAAGGAGAUAAUUACGUUCUUUGUGCUGUCAUUUUUAAGGGAGGUGGAGGAAAAAAAACCUAUUCUGAUUUAACUGUGAAAUAAUGACAGGAGUGACUGUAUCAUCUGCAGUAUCGCAGUCCUUUUUCAGUUCUGUCUUGCCUUAAUGCAGACAUGUUAGGCAGUUUGCAAAAGCAUUGGUUACACUGUAUGUUUUAGAGCUUCCAUUUUAGCGAGGUUUUGAUCCGCCGAUUUUAAAAUGACCUAAUUCGAGGACUGAAGAAAGAUGAUUGUACUGUGGUUCACAUCCUCUGACGGGAACACUGAAUCGGGAACACUGAAUCAGGAACACUGCCUUGGGAAUCAGAUUGCACUGGAAAUAUAUUUUGCUGUGACAAUAAAUCACACUGCUGAAUAGCCAUCUCGGUGGUUUUAGGAGAGCGUAUGCUUGAGCAGCGCAGGAGCUUGCUCUCUCACCAGGCAAAUACAGGGAGACAUUCUUGCCCGUGGAAGAGAUUGGAGCAUAUGCCUUCUGCGCAUGUCAGUUAUUACUUGUAGGCAUGAACUGUUACUCUUGUGCCAUUUUUAGUCCUCAUUACAUCAAAUUCAAGCACUGUUUGUUUAGCAAAACAAACUGCAAAGGUGAGUUGA